AUGAUGCUCACGGACAAAAGUGACAGUAGUAAUGGUAGUAAUGUCCCGAAGGACACCUUAUUUGUACAGUGUCUUAAACGUUUCUUCAGGAUAAUUGGUAAAAGUGUUGCAGCUAGGCCAUUUUGCUACAUUACAAUAAUUUCAUUUGUGUCAAUUAUCUUUUCUUUUCCAAUUCUGACCACAAAAUUGGUCAAUGAUGUAACUGAUUUUACACCAAAAGAGGCAAGGGCUCGCAAAGAAUUGCAAAAUGGUCUUGUGAUAAACAAUCAGUUUAAUGAAACUUCAUCUCUAAUUCAUCUUGCUUAUCCAACAGCUAAUAUUUUAGGACAAAAAUUUCGUACUGAUAAUAAUUUUUUUGGUGUCAAGGUUGAUAAAAAUAAUGUUUUGAUUGAUGCUCGAUUAAUUGUGUUGCAUUUUCGGGCUUCACUUCACGAUGGAAUUGAUACUGCAGAAGAAUAUGAAUUAAAAGUUUCUAAAUUCUUAUUAACGAAUUUUACAUCUAAUUAUAUUGAAAUUGCUAUAAUGUCACCAACAUUUGUCACAGCUGAAAUUGUACGGUCUGGUCUUCACUUAUUACCAUUUAUAGCUGUCGGAUUUAUUAUUAUGUGUGUAUUUGCCACCACGACAACAAUGAUGAGCACUUCCAUAUCUUCUCAGUUUGAUUAUUUCAAAGUAAUUGUUGCUACAAUGGCUUGUGUUUCACCACUCUUAGCUUGUAGUACAGCCCUUGGUUUUUUAAUAUGGAUAGGUUUACGAUUUGGUACUAUUCUAUGUGUUACCCCAUUUCUUGUUUUAGCAAUUGGAGUUGAUGAUGCUUUUUUGAUGAUUAAUUCUUGGCAAAGAAACAGUAAAUUAUAUAAGCAAUUAGCAACAAAAUGUUACAACGAGAAUGAAUCAGCAAUAAUAACCGAUAGAAUAUGUGGUAUGUUAGAGGAAGUUGGUCCAUCAGUUUCAAUAACAACAUUAACAAACGUCUUAGCAUUUGGAGUAGGAGCAUUUUCAUCAACACCGGAAAUUCAAAUUUUUUCUGUUGGCAAUGCUUCAGCAAUGAUUUUUGAUUUUAUUUACCAGAUUACAUUAUUCGUUGCAAUUUUGGUAAUAGUGGGUCGUCGUGAACUUAAAAUUAAAAAAUGUCCAAGCACUGUUGAAAGUAUUGCAUCUCGUAGCAAACGGCAAAAUGAAAUAGGAAUUGUGCUCAAAAACUUUCUAAAGUCGUACUGUUCUUUCAUAUGCAAUCCAUCUGUUGCAAUUGUAAUAAUCACUGGUUUAUUCUUUUAUUGGUCGGUAUCAAUUUAUGGAGCACUUACUAUAAAUGUCGAAUUGAGACCCGAAAAAUUACUUGCAUCAGAUUCAAACAUAUUAAAAGUUCUAAAACUCCGGAAUGAAUACAUCCUGCCACAUUACACAACUACGCUAAUCUUUGUAGAAAAUCCAGGAAAUUUAAAUAAUUCCAAUAAUAUUCUUAUGUUACACAAAAUGGUAAAUGACUUUGAAACAUUACCAAGUUCAGUAGGACGAAUGUCAACAAAGUUUUGGUUGAGAGAUUAUGAGACUUUUAUUGAAACUACAGAACGAGACUAUUUUGAUGGCUUUCCUGAUAAAUGUGGCAAUAAAUAUUUAAAAAGUUAUUUCUUUAUGAUAACAUCACGCGGAGAUUUCCAAAUAUGGUCAAAUCGAGCGAAAUUGCUUAACGAAUUGCGUACAGUUGCAGAUCGAUACUCAGUCUAUGAAGUGACUGUUUAUGAUGAUGAUGCCAAAUUUUUGGACUUAAUUGAAACUUUGCUGAAUCAGACAAUGUUGUCUUCAGCAAUUACAUUACUUUCUAUGGUGCUUGUCUGCUUUAUUUUCAUACCUCAAUUUCUAGCUACAUCUAUUGCUGCUUUGUCAAUUUUGAGUAUUUUUAUUGGUGUGUUUGGUAUACUUUCGUUAUGGGGAGUUGAUUUGGAUCCGAUAGUAAUGUCAGCUAUGAUAAUGUCCAUCGGCUUUAGUGUUGACAUUCCCGCUCAUGUCAGCUAUCACUUCUUCAGAGCUGAAGGAGCUACAGUCGAAGUUCGUCUUCUGCAUUGUUUAGCAGCAAUAGCGUAUCCUGUGCUUCAAGCUGCAAUGUCCACUUUAUUUUGUGUGCUGAGUCUUCUAUUUAGUGAACUUUAUAUGGCUCGAGUUUUUGUGAAAACAAUGACACUUGUUGUUGUCAUUGGUUUAAUCCAUGGUUUAAUAAUAGUACCUGCAUUAUAUGCUCUUAUAUCCAAGUGUAAAUUGCCGAGGAAAAAAAAAGUAUUCCAAGUUACUAACGGUACAACGCCUCCCAAAGAUAUUCUGUUAUCAAAUAUUCUGAAUACUACUGAAACAGUUGAUAGAAAGCAAUUGACAAAAAAUUCGCAAUUUUCACUCAGUUAUAACUGCCGUUUCUGA